AAAGCAACUAUAAAGAUCACUUAAAAUGAAGUGGACGGAAAUUUUAUUUAUUUUAUUAUUCACAAUACCCGAAAAUGUAUUUACACGUCGUUGCAGUCGCUAUCCUUCGAAUACUUUUACGCCCAAGUCACCGGUCGAUGAAAAUUUCGUUAUAUCCAUAACGGGAAAUCCACAAACGUAUAUAUUGGGUCAGAGUUAUAAUGUUUCCUUAAACGCUUACAAUGGUCAUCGCUUUAUAAGUGCUAAACUUGUGUUGGAAACUGAAAAUGGUGAUAAGCCUAUUAAUGGAGAUUUGGGCCAUUUUGAGAUGGUCGAUCCGGUGGAAACACGCUUUAGCCAACAGUGCGUUAAUAUGAUAGAGAGUACCAAUACUAAUCCCAAAACUAGAUUGGAUCUAGUGUGGAUAGCUCCCGAAGAACCCGGAAAUGGUUGUGUUCUUAUACGAGCCACGGUUUUGCAACAUCGUGAUGUGUGGUUUAUGGAUGAUGGUGGUUUAACGAAACGUAUUUGCGAGGAGGUGGUGGAUGAUGUGGAGAGUCAGAAGAAGGAUUUAGAGGAGAGACCUUGCUGUGCCUGUGAUGAGGCUAGAUAUGAGCUUACCUUUGAAGGCCUUUGGUCACGCAAUCUACAUCCCAAAGAUUUUCCCACCCGCGGCUGGCUAACCAGAUUUACCGAUAUUCUAGGAGCCGCCCAUACUUCCGAUUAUCGCUUUUGGGAUAAGGGCAUUUUGGCUUCCCCUGAAAUGCAAGAGUUUGCCGAGCAUGGUUCUUCCAGGGGAUUGGAAAGAGAAUUUAAUCAAUAUUUUAAGGAAGGUAAAAUACGCACUAUCAUCAAGUCUAGAGGCCCAGCCUUUCCUUAUUUAAAUAGUCCUUCGGUGGCCUCGGUACGUGUCGAUCCUAUGCAUCAUCAGGUAUCGAUUGCUUCGAAAAUUAUGCCCUCACCGGAUUGGAUAGUGGGUGUACCUGGUUUGGAGUUGUGUUUAAGCAAUUGCACUUGGUUGGAGGAGAAGGUUAUCAAUUUAUAUCCCUGGGAUAUUGGCACAGAUGCGGGUCCUUCAUAUACAUCUCCCGAUCAACCACAAUUUCCCGCCGAUGUUAUAAGACGCAUGAGCUCUGAUUAUCCUCCAGAUCCACGUUCACCCUUUUUUGAUGAAACACAUGCACCCAUGAAACCCUUGGCCACCUUGACCAUAAAAAGGCAACGUCUGUACGAAAGAAAAUGCGAAGAAGAAGAUUCUAACAAUACAGAUGAUAUACCCCGAGAAUGUUUCACUCAUCCCUGGUCGGCCUGGAGUGAUUGUACAGCUGAGUGUGGUGAAGGUCGCAAAUACCGUACACGUGUCUACAAACAAGCCGAUGUGGCUAAAAUCUACAACUGUGAUGUAAUGGUGAAAAGGAGACAAGAUAGUCCUUGUCAGGGUCAAAAAUGUGCGGGAAUGCAAAGCGGUUUUGGUUAUCCAAACUAUGAUGAAGAGGGCGAUAUGUUUGAUGUUGGCAUGCCACAAAUGCCAAUAAAAUCGGCAAAAACCAGAGCCGAAUGUGUGGUAGGAAACUGGUCGCCUUGGUCUCAGUGUAAUGUUACCUGCGGUGAGGGUAUGCGGGAACGAUCGAGGGAAUAUGUUAAUCCCUAUAAUGAAAGAGAGUGUCAGGAUGUUUUCUAUCUUAAACUAAAAGAAUAUAAAAAAUGUCAAGGCCUUACUUGCUUGGGUCAUAUAGCAAAUCCCCCCCUUAAUGCCAAUGAAGAAUAUGCUGCUGAGAAUAUAGAUUUUGAUAGUAAUUCCCAGCAAUAUAACACUGGAUUUCGUGUAGCUAACAAACCCUAUGAACCAAUUGACAGUAAUUCUCAGCAAUAUAACACUGGAUUUCGUGUAGCUAACAGACCCUAUCAACCUAUUGAUACUGCCCCAGAUUACACAGUUCGAAGAGGUCUGACAAACGAUUUAUACAGCAAACCGGGCAGAUCGCAGCAAUAUAUGACAAAAUCCCGUCAGCCUUUAGAUCCUGACUAUACAGACAACACUGAUGAAAAUCAACAGCCACAAUAUAAUUUCCAGACAGAGGAUUUAAAACAGGAUCCAAUUGAAGAAGAUCUCACUAAUAAACCUAAGAACAAUUAUGCAAACUCAAGAACAAGGGAGUCAGUGAACCAAAGAUCUACUUAUCACAAAUUAAAUCAAAUGCAAACAAAUUAUGCCUUACAGAAUCAGCGCCUUUUUAAACCACCUCCCGAAUAUUGUUAUCAACCUUUAAAUAUAAUACGCGGUUGCAUAGAUCAGCGUGUCGUUGGAAAUUUCUGGUUCUACAACUACUGCACGGAUGAAUGUAUGCUGUUUGCUACGGAUAUCUGCGAUAAUAAUCGCAAUAAGUUCCUCUCACUGGAAAAGUGUGAAGAGCAUUGUGCCGCGCCCAUGCGGAGUGUGGGACAAUUUCUGAGACAGAAACAAGCUCAAGGAUGUCGGGCAGCUCAACAUAAUGAUAGUAAUUUUAAGAAGAGAAGAGAUUAUUAUAAUGUUUAGUGUUUAGUAGAGGCACUUUAUCAGUUGUUUUAUAUUUUUGUUUUUUUAGUUUAAGUUUGUUAUAAUUAUACGCUCUUUUGUUUGAUAACGAGGGAUCAUUUAUAAUUAAGUUUUGUUGUAAAUUAUUUGUGAAAUAAAUAAAUUAUUGGUUAUAUUUUUUUUGUUAAAUAA